AUGAAUCCAGGAUUACAUAAAUAUUUGGAAACUGCUGAUAUACAAAAGUGGGCUCGUGUGCAUUUCCCUGGGGAUAGAUACAACUUAAUGACGACAAACAUUGCUGAGUCCAUCAACAAAGUCAUCUCAAGCUCGAGAACUCUGCCCAUUGUAAAACUCUUGGAUGCGUUACGGUUAAUGAUGACAAGAUGGUUUACAAGUAGGAGGAUAGCUGCAGGAACAACGAAGACAACCUUGACUCGUGGAGUGGAGAUACUUUUGGAGAAACGUGUAUCAAAUGCAAAGGUGCUUACAGUUCAAUCAAUUGAUUUGCAUCAUUCACAAGUUACAACUGGUUCGUCUCUUCAUAUCGUUAAUUUAGGAGGAAGACAAUGUACUUGUCGUCGGUUUGAUAAGGAGAAGUUACCAUGUGUUCAUGCAAUCGCGGCGGUAGAAGCACGUGAUGUGUUGUUCUUACCGUUCUUCCUUAGUAGGCAAGAGAACAACAACGAUUGA